AUGGCGCCUCCUUGUGAUAAAACUGGUACGGAAUGUUUACGCUGUCAACGAUCAGGACGUAAAUGUAUUCCAGCACCCGCGAAGCCAGAGGAAGUCACUUUUCGACAUGGACAGAAUCCAUCUCUACGGCCCAGAGGUCCUCCUCGUUACGGAGAGAGCGAUUUGACGUUCCCUGACAAUCAGAUCUGGGUCAAGACACCUCCAGAAGUUGCCUUCGAAGACGAGACUGACCGCACGGCUGCCGACUAUCAGGUUGUCCCACUCGGCGGGUCGACGUCCUUUCUCGCCAUAGUACCUGAAGAUCAGCCCUCAACGUACAUUCCGACACUGUCGUCGUCAGCAGCUACCCAUGCUUCCGCAAAUUCGGAUGUCCCUUUAAAUCAUCCUGGCUGGACCAGGUUUUCAGAACACUACAUCCCUAACGCCUCUAACACUCUUCUUCCACUCGAAUCCUUGAUAAGCCGUCCGAAACUGGGCAGUCUCAAUGAAGCCUUCCUUCUACGGCACUUUCGAAACACCUUGGGUGCAUGGUUGGAUGUAUGCGAUCCUGAAAUGCACUUCUCACUGGAUGUGGUAGAACAGGCACCUUCCUGCCCCCUUCUUCUGUAUGCCUGCUUGGCCAUAGCUGCUCGUCAUUUAUCCCACACAAAGCACUUAAUUCCACCGAAUACCGCGGAUGAAUACCAUGAGCGAUGCAUUGCGAUCCUUCUUCCCACCCUGGAAAACAGAGACUUCUCUAUCGGCAUUGAAGUGCUUCUCGCGUCGACCGUCAUACUACGCUUUUUCGAGCAGAUAUCUUCUCAUGCUCCAUCAAACGAUCUUCAGCGGCAUCUUCUCGCGGGCUCGGUCUAUGUUAGCGCCCAAGUUGACUGUGCAAUAUCCGGGGGUCUUGCCGAGGCCUCCUUCUGGGUCUUUGUCAUGCAGGAUAUACUGUUUGCACUGGUGCACAGGAAUCCGCUCCGGUUGAUACUCAAUCCGUUUGAGCAGAAACUUCGCCAGGUAUGGGAAGAUACGACCACACAAAUUGAGCGUGAUUGGACACACAAAGCUAUCUGGUUACUGGCGGAGGCUAUCAAUUACUGCUAUGGCGCGAACGAUCAUAUGUCUCCCGACGUGGUAGAUGGAGGGCCGCUGGAUAGUAAAAUUCGUGCCUGGGAGAUUGAGAAACCGGAGAGUUUUCAACCAUUACAUUUUUCUCCAGGCGAGCCACGGAAUGGCAGGCCAUUCCCUGUUGUCUGGUACACAACAUCAUUACAAGCUACCGCCGCUCAGCACAUUUGCAUGGCAAAGGCAUUACUGCUAGAGCACGAGCUCCGCCAUAUGCAUCCAGAUAUUAAUUUAGAGAAGACCAUGAAGAUGAAGGACGAUGUGAUGAAGAACCUAGGCAUUCUCUUUGGCAUCGCCCUCUCAACGGACGAUGAUCCCUCAGUACGCAUCAUGGCGUGCCAUGCAUUAUGUGCCUGCGGCUCUUGGAUACGCGAUCCUCUGGCACAGCAUUGCCUCCUCGAUCUUCUGCGAAAGACAGAGGCCGAGAACGGUUGGCCGUGGGCCUUUGUGGUGCAGAAGCUGAGCCAAGACUGGGGCCACGCCGCGACAUAG